AUGAGCUUCUUUUCCAAUAUAAAAGAUUUCAGUUCGUUGAGGUUAUCUGCCUCUGUCGUUGACGUCACAAUUCCGUCUUCAAUAUCAAUUUUCUUGUCCGCACUCGGACUUCAUCCGGGAGUCGUGCAACCCAACUCAUCUCCUAAUCAUAAGCGGCGAUCCAGUUCGCUGAAAAAGUUAGGACUCAGCCUGAAACGUAGUUCCGUUCAAUCAGAAUCGUCCAGUACGCGAUCUGCUUCAGUCUCUUCUAAUCAAAGUUUCUCAUGCGAAUUAUGGCUAUUGUCUGCUCUGCAAGGAUGUUCUAGUUGUUCAGAAGACCGCCAGAACAUGGCCAGACAUGUAAGCCAGACAACGGAUGAUGAGAAAGAUCAAUUGAUUGAUUUUCUUCAAGCUCACGAUGGAGCUGUAGCUAUUGCCAUGGAGAACAACGCAUGUAAACAGUUCAUUUGUGCCACUCAUGAGAUUCCUGAACAGCUGAAAGAAAAGGAUGUUAAAAUUUUGGUCAGAAUGUGGACACAACUCUAUCAAGAUAUCAUUCCUAAUCUCCAAGGAAUUUUAUAUCCAUUAAAAAGUUACUCACAGGAUUUCGACAUACGCAAAUGCGUUUUAACAGCUUUCCGAGAUAGGGUGGUUGUCAAGUUGAUUGAAGGUUUCGAAGAAAUACCGGAGCUGGAAAGUAUGCUCUUCACCUUACUACUAGAAACUGAUGCUGAUAAUGAAGCUUAUAAGCGUUUCUCAUAUUUAGCAAAGAAGACCAUUAACACCAAAGUGGACAAUGAGAUUGAAGAACCCGCUCCAGUAAAACAUCGCUCGAAAACACUACCAAAUAAGCAAAAAAGAACAGUAACAUGGCAGGAUAUGAGGAAAUCAGCCACGUUCUCAGCAUAA